AUAGAGAACCUCUACCACUAACCUACUAUGAAUUAAAUAGCAGAGUCAGACACUUCUUCCCUAUUGACCUAUCACUCGAAGAAACAAAUAUCCGAGAUAUAGCAGAGACACUUAGAAAAUAUUACAAGUUCAGGAGUAUACCAAAUGAUUUCUUUGUACAAAAACCUACCUUACCACAGGACCCAAACAAACUAAAACUACAUACCCAAUACACUUACCCAAUUAUCAAUGACAAAAUUGCAUGCGAAUUCUUUAAUGAAGCAAAAGCAAAAUACAAGAUAAACUUCCCAAUAAACUAG